AUGGAUGAUGAAAUUCCUACUGUGGUUAUUGAUAAUGGGUCUGGGACGUUCAAGGCUGGCAUUGCUGGAAAUGACGCUCCCUCCCAUGUCUUGCAAUCUAUUUAUGGCUACCACAAAUACACGACCAGCUUUGUUGGAAACGAAGCCCAGAAGAAGAGGGGCAUCUUGGCCGUGAAAUACAUCACUGACAACAACUUUGAAACUGACUGGGAGGAACUGGAAAACCUCUGGAUCCAUGCUUUUAACAGUCUACUUCAAAUUAAUCCUGAAGAGUAUCCCAUUCUAAUGUCAGAGAAUGCCAUGACACCCAAAGUCCACAGGGAAAAGAAGGCACAGAUUCUGUUUGAGGACUUCAAGGUUCCUGCAUUGUAUUUGGCCAAUCAGUCUGUCCUGUCUCUCUACAGUUCGGGUCGUACUACAGCGAUAGUCAUAGAAACAAUAGUACCGCUCUACGGGAAACGUUAUCCAUUUCCAGUUAUCUGGGUGGAUCUCUGUGGCAGGGAAAACAUAGGUCUGACGAAGUACCUGGUCAGGAUUCUAACAGAAAGAGGCAACUAUUUCAGAACAACUGCUGAGCAUGACAUUGUGCGAGACAUGAAGGAGAAGCUCUGCUAUGUGGCUUUGGACUUUGAAAAAGAAAUGCAGACGGCAGCUUCCUCCUCCUCUCUGGAGAAGAUCUAUGAGCUUCCUGAUGGACAAAAGGUUCAGAUCAGCAAGGAAAGGUUCAGAUGUCCAGAGGUUUUCUUCCAACCUUCUUUUAUCGGAGAAGAAUCACCUGGUAUUCAUGAGAACACUUACAACAGCAUCAUGAAGAGUGAUAUAGAUAUAAGAAAAGAUCUGUAUUCCAACAUUCUGCUUGCUGGAGGAUCAACCAUGUUCCCUGGAUUCGCUGAGCGCUUGCAAAAAGAGAUGAAUGCUUUGGCCCCACCUACUAUGAAAAUAAAGGUGCAGAAGUUUGUUCUUUUAAUGCGUAAGGAGCUUUAA